CUCCUUAACCAUUAAUCAUUUCUCCUUCACAAAGCUCCAAAUACUUCGUUUGAGUACUUUUUCUUUUAUAGAGAGAGAAAGUUCUUGCCUUACAACGGAAAUGGCAAAGACAAUGGCGUAGAGUGAGAAAAAAACAAUUGCAUUAUAGAUCGAGACUGCAUUAUCUCAGAUUGGUAGCCAUUUCUUUUGACACCCUUCUUCGACUGAUUAUUUUGCAAUUUCAACAGUAGCUGGUAAUUUCAGUUUAUAAGAUAACAAGAUGGUGGCUCAAAGCUUCACAGUUGAUUUGAACAAACCACUUGUCUUCCAGGUUGGGCAUCUUGAAGAGGAAUAUCAGGAAUGGGUUCAUCAACCAAUUGUCAGCAAGGAAGGUCCACGAUUUUUUGAAAAUGACAUUUUAGAGUUUUUGACCCUAACACACUGGUGGGUUGUUCCACUUAUUUGGCUGCCAGUUGUAUGCUGGUUUGUCUCCAAGUCAGUGUGGAUGGGCUACACAGCCCCUCAAAUAUUCUUGUUGAUGGUUUCUGGAAUCUUUGUAUGGACACUGUUGGAGUACACUUUACAUAGAUUCCUGUUUCACAUCGAAACAAAGACCUAUUGGGGAAAUACCUUACAUUAUCUUCUUCAUGGUUGUCAUCAUAAACACCCUAUGGAUGGACUUCGACUUGUUUUUCCUCCUGCUGCUACAGCUAUUCUCUUGGUACCGUUCUGGAACUUUGCAAGACUUAUUUCUACUCCAUCAACAUGUCCUGCAUUGUUUGGAGGCGGUUUACUUGGCUAUGUAAUGUAUGAUGUUACUCAUUACUAUUUGCAUCAUGGACAACCGACAAGUGAAGUACCUCGAUCUAUGAAGAAGUACCACUUGAACCACCAUUUCCGGAUUCAGGACAAGGGUUUUGGUAUUACUUCCUCUUUAUGGGACAAGGUUUUUGGAACGCUGCCUAAAUCAAAAGCGGCUAAAAAGAGCUUGUAAGCUACAUUGUUGAACGACUCAUAUUUCUUUAACUCAUUCCUUCACGAUUGUUGUUAAUUGUUAGUCUUGUAAAUUGUGUCUGUAGCAAUGGGAUGACUCGGGUAUUUAUUCAUUUGUUUAGGUCUCUCCCAUUUAAUGUGGAAAUCGAGUUUAAUUCACAAUGAAACUAUUUAUUUAUUAUGGAGUCCUGGUUAUGUGGAAGAUGAUUGUUUAUUCUUUAUUAGUGAGCAUGCUAGUUAGGGUUUGGUUCUU